CUUCGAAAGUCAAUAGCAGAUUGUGUUUCGUGUCAUAAAUUGUUAACUUUUAAUUGUGUAAUAGACAUGUUCUUUAUUUGCGCCUACACGAAGUUAGGAGCUUUUGUCCAAAUCCUUUUUUCUUCUUCGGUAGAAAAAAUAAGAGUUCUUUUUUGUUUGGUUUGAGUCGAGGUGACGAUAGAAAAUUCACUAGUCCCUGAAACAUUAUGUGAUGUUAUUGUGAUAUCUCGACAGGUUCUGAUCGACUCAGCCUUUUAUAUUUUCCUGAAUUAGACUUUUUUUUUUGUUUAUCUAAAAUAGUUGAAUCUGGGAAGAUGAUGAAUCUCAUAAAACAAAUGGGUAAUUUGCGACUGAUAUUAUAUUGAUGUUUAUUCACCUUGGAGAACUGAUUCUCAGAUUCAGAGUUUUGUACUUUAAAUUCUUGAGUAGAUUCUAAUUUAUAAUUGUUGAUUUUAAUAAUGAUUUAUGUUAACAGUUCACUCAAUCUAGCUGGGCAAAUGAUGAAAUCAUAUUUCAUGGGUAAUUUGCGUCUGAAUCUUCUUGAUGCUAUUUUCAAUGAGAAACUGAUGCCCAGAAGUUCACUUCUUAUACUUAAAUAAUUUUGUUUCAUUAUCAAGAAAAUAAUAUUUUAAUCGACUCAAGUGGAUUUCUAACGUGUAAGCUUACAGUAAGCUCCAAAAUCAAACGUAGUAAUGAUUAUCAUAGUAAGCUGUUCUACCUCGAUCCAAUGGUGACAGUUUGUUAUCGUGGGUAGGGUAUUUGCUUGGUGACCCUAGGCUUCGCGUAAAUGUGCUGGUAUCUCUUGAACUCACCGAACGUAAAGACCGGGACAUACGAGCAGGCCAGAUACAAGGAUUGCUUUUUAAGAUUGACAUCAACCAAAAGAAAAGAUCAGGGUUUCUUGUCCCAUCGAAUUGAGACACGACACACAAGCACGACAGUACUUGAGACCAAAUUGCCUACUGCUUUACAUGAGAUCUAAUCUUUUAAAUUCCAUGAUACGUGGUCAGUGUUGUACAAGAAUGUUGAUUGAUAUUACAUUUAUAUAUUUUUAAAAUAAGUAUGGAACUAUAUACUUCUUGUCAUAUUAUUAUUACGUGUGUGAAAUUAAGUUUUAAGUCAACUUUGGUCCCAUCAAACUUGAUGACCCUUAGGUGUGAAUAAAUUCUCUAACUAAAUCUGUUUCUCUAGUGGUUCAGUGGGUAGCUGACGCGUUUCAAAUUUGACAAUGUCCCUGCCUCACAAAUCUACAAAUAUACUCAAAAAAAUAUGCGAAGUAUGGAAUUAGGAUUAAAUUAUUAAAUAUUACACAAAAAGUCAUGUUCUUUAAAUUAUACAUCUAAAGUAAAACGCGGUUCCGAUUUAAAUUCAAAUAAUUUUGCUUUUCUAGAUAUUGUGAAGAAAAAUAUAACCUAGAAUUGCAUUUUCCUGUAUGAUACACAUUUGUAAAGGGUUUUCUUGGCUGUGACUUAUGAAUAGUGAGUGGUAGUUGGAGUAGCGACUUUGCCAAUUCUUGACGGCACGUAACGUUUUUGGAAAAGUCAAACGUAUCGGUUAUCUACAAAUAAUUUAUACAGUACAUUAAAAUUGUUCAUCCGUGAAUUAUAUAUAGACGUUUGAAGAGUUUAACACAUUAGCAAAACUAGGAUUUAAUUAUUUCAAAAUUAGUAGUAUCCUGAAUAAUGGAUAAAUUUGAAUAUCUGUAACCUAAACUGAAACAGUCUGAAAAUCUUGAUUAACAAGUUCUAUAAAAAUAAUAAUUUUAAAUGAAAGGGGAACAAGACAAGAAGUCUUAGCGGGAAAGGGAAUCCGACAAGUAUGACAUCGUUCCAGCGAAGGAGUCUACGAGGUGGGAUCCACUUGUCAACACCUCGCUGACUAUUGUUCUUUGAUCCUGUCCUCCGUGGACCUUACGUUUCUUAAUCGUAAUUAAGUCACCAUUAUUACUUACCUUUCAUCUAAUCAAGUAGCAGACAUUUCAUUAAGAAAAGCAUAGACUGACAUGACAUGAAUACACGGAACUAUUUUUUCGUAUGAAAACAUGCCAUUUUUCGUGCAAUGUGAUAUCCAUCAUAAUUAUUUUUAAAAUAAGUACGUAGUAGCUUUAUCAUGGUUUAAAUGCGAAUUCUCAUUGUCCCAGAGACCGAUGAGCGCUAACAAAGCAAAUGACAAACAAUAUAAAAGGUUUUCUUACACAAGAAUCCUUUAAACCCGAGCCUCGAUCUCCCCAUUUUGACACCUUCGCCUUUUCUUUUUCUCCAUGACCCAAUAUAAAAGUAACGAAUAGUAUUUCCAAAGGAGAUUCUUUUCUUCAGAUGAGUUUUUACUUCUGUAAAACUAUAUACUGUAAUAUCUAAAGCUCCAAGAAAUUAUCAGUUCAGUACUUUAUAACCUGACGUCUUCUGAACUAAAGAAAAGAAUAGCGUGAGCAUAUCUAGUUACUCUAAUUAUAGCAAGUUUAUUAUUUAUUUAUUUUUAGCAAACGAUUAUAGCAAGUUGAUUAUAAAGUCAAAUAAUUUAUAAUCUGAAAUUACGAUUUAUAUAAAAUAAAGUCUAGUGACAAAUUUUUUUUUGGAAACAAUCAAAUAAAGUCUAGAAGCACAAUUGUACUAUUGUGUGUGUUACAUGCGUUUUGUAUUUCUAUGUUCGAAUAUCACUAACUUGUUAUAAUGAUAUUCGAACAAAUAGAUUUUUUUUUUCUUUUUUACUAAAUAUUCUGGUCAAAAUUUUAUGUUCAAAAGAGUAAAGAAUAUUACAAGGUUUAUUUUUGUAAUAAAGAGAGACUGUUGGUGGUAUUUACGUAAACGCUCCAACAAAAAAAAGCGAAAAAGAGUCAAAUGUUUCCGCUAAUUCAAAACUACUAAAGUCGUCUCAGCUUUAAAAGGAAAAAACAUAUUUAAAUCAGAAAGAAAAAGACAUAACUCUCUCUCUCUCUCUCUGUCUCGCAAAUUCAAAAUCACCGAGAAAACUUUUGUUGUCUUUUUUUUUUCCUUGACAAUUUGAAAAAAAAAGUGUGGAGUAAUCAAAUGUGAUGGGAAGUAGCUUCUCCUCCGCCUUACCUUGCUUCAAUCAAGGCCACCAUCACUCAUCGCAGCGUCACACACAGAAUCCAACUCACUCCGAUCAGAUCAACUCUGAGCCGUUGGAUGAGACUCUAGGCCACUCUUACUGCUACGUCCCGUCUUCUAACCGCUUCCUAUCCCCCUUCCCUUCCGAUCGCUUCGUCUCUCCUCCCGGUUCGUUCCGGUUAUCUCCGGGUCGGAUCCGGGGCCCCGGAUCAUCCGACCAGCUCCAAACCGGGUUCAGAGCCAUCUCCGGGGCCUCGGUAAGCGCCAACACCUCGAACUCCAAAACCGUCUUUCAGCUCGAAGAUAUUUACGAUGAUGCCACUGCCAACACUUUCGGCGGAGGCGUGAGGAGCAGCGUCGUGAACGCUAACGGCUUCGAAGGAACGUCGUCGUUUAGCGCUCUCCCGCUUCAGACCGUGCCGUUAGGUGGUCACGUGGAGGAACGAACCGGCCUCUUCAUGUCUGGGCCGAUAGAGAGAGGCGCGAGUUCAGGCCCAUUGGACCUUCCCGGAGAGGAGGCUUCGAGAUCCGACUCCGCCGCCGCGCAUUUCUCGGCGCCGCUCGGCGGCGGCAAGAAGAGACGGAAAAGGAAGAAGAGUCUUUCGUGGCACACGAAGCAGCGGCCGUGGGUUCUUCCGGUGUCGAACUUCGUCGGCGGUGCUAAAAGGGAGAACACCGUGAAACCACCCGACGGCGGCGGCGUUACGGCGGAAUCAACCGGAGAGGAGAACGAUUUACAGUGGGCGUUGGGGAAAGCAGGUGAGGACAGGGUGCAGUUAGCUGUCUUCGAGAAGCAAGGAUGGCUCUUCGCCGGAAUCUACGACGGUUUCAACGGACCCGACGCGCCGGAGUUUCUGAUGGCUAACCUCUACCGUGCGGUUCAUAGUGAGUUACAAGGUUUAUUCUGGGAACUGGAGGAAGAAGUAGAGUUAGAAGCAAGUUCCAGCUGUCCGGCGAGAGACAAGGAAGAAGUGGUAGAAGUUAAGAUGAGGAAAAAGCUGCAUGAGCUUCUCGCAGAGGCACAAGCGGAAGACGCGUUGGAUCUUUCAGGCUCCGACAGGUUUGCAUUCUCAGUGGAGGACAAUGCUGUGUCUGUAGGAAGUAAGAGAUGGUUGCUAUUGUCGAAACUGAAGCAUGGUUUGUCUAAGCAGGGCGUUUCAGGGAGGAAGUUGUUGUUCCCAUGGAAGCUUGGUGUGGAGGGUAAUGAAACGGAGGAUGUAGUAGGUAACGUUAGAGUGGAAGAACCGGUUGAGAAGAGGAAGGAGAGACGUAAGGCGGGUGCGGUUGAUCACGAGUUGGUUCUGAAGGCGAUGUCGAAUGGUCUUGAAGCCACCGAGCAAGCUUUCUUGGAGAUGACCGAGAAGGUUCUGGAAACGAACCCUGAGCUUGCGUUGAUGGGUUCUUGCUUGCUGGUUGCGCUGAUGAGGGACGAUGAUGUGUAUGUGAUGAAUAUAGGGGAUAGUAGGGCUCUUGUUGCGCAGUAUCAGGUUCAAGAAACGGGUGUGAGUGUUGAGACAGGAAGAGUUGAUGAUAGAUGUGAUGAUUUGGACAGGGAUGGUGGAAACAAAGAGAGUUCAGUUGUGGGUGAUGAAGAUACUACAGUGAACAUUGAAACACCUUCGCAGCACAUGAAACUGGUUGCGUUGCAGCUGACAACAGAUCACAGCACGAGCAUCGAAGAUGAAGUAACAAGAAUAAAAAACGAACACCCUGAUGACAACCAAUGCAUAGUGAACGACAGAGUGAAAGGUCGGCUUAAGGUGACUAGAGCGUUUGGAGCAGGGUUUUUGAAGCAGCCUAAAUUGAAUGAUUCAUUACUGGAAAUGUUUCGGAAUGAGUACAUUGGGACGGAUCCGUACAUAUCAUGCACACCGUCUCUACGUCACUACAGGCUAACAGAGAGUGAUCAGUUUAUGGUUCUGUCAUCUGAUGGUUUGUAUCAAUACCUGAGCAAUGAGGAAGUUGUUUCUCUUGCUAUGGAGAAGUUUCCAGAUGGAGAUCCUGCUCAGCAUGUUAUACAGGAACUUCUAGUCCGUGCAGCCAAGAAGGCUGGAAUGGGGUUUCAUGAGCUACUGGAUAUACCGCAAGGAGAUAGGAGAAAGUAUCAUGACGAUUGCACUGUAUUAGUGAUAGCACUUGGAGGAAGUAGGAUCUGGAAGUCAUCAGGGAAGUAUCUUUGAGACCAUAUAAACUACAAGUUGGGACAACAGAGAAACUCAAAAUACAACAAAAAGAAAGGUGGCAAAAACUUUGUUUAAAUUUGGUCUGCUUUUUGUUUCCUUAUGUUUCUAUAGGAAUGUUCUUUUGUCAGAUUAGGAGGGUACUUUUGUUUCUUUGUUUGAGAAUAGGGUAGAGAUUGGCAUAGAGAAGGGUGGGGACCAAAAGGAGUAGUAAUACAUAGAACAUUUUCCUCCUGGGAAAAAAAAUUAAGAAAAAAUCUUAUAUAAUUUUUUUUCUUCU